AUGAGGAAUCGUUUGAAUUUAAAAAAAACAAAACAACUUUUAAAAGAAGAAUCAUUAAUGCGGUCAGCACAAUUGCAGUGACACUCCUCUUUUACGAAGAGACGAAGACGAGAAUGACUUUUCAGGUCCCCUUCUACAUAGUCUUCUCACUCUUCUCAAACUUUAUACAACUUACCCAACAAGUUUUGAAUUCAAUUAUAAUACCCCGUUAUCAACCGCUUCCAUUUUCUUUCUUCAAACAAAGCUAUCGUUUUUUUUAAUAUUCGGACCCUUCAUUGCCAUUUGGGUUUUAAAGUUCUUUGUGUAUUGUUGUGUUGAUCGGCCUUCAAUCUCAUUCUGAUUUCCUUUUCUGGGUUUUGUUAGUCCAAAACCAAUAGCAAAACGUUGUGGAGCAAGUUAACAUGGAGAUUGAACGAUCCCAAGAGAUAUCCGCUGAUGUUCUGCCAUUUGCGAGAAGUUACCAACUAGAAGCAUUGGAGAGUGGAAUGAAGCGAAAUACAGUUGUGUAUCUAGAGACGGGUUCUGGGAAGACAUUGAUUGCCAUCAUGCUUCUUCGGAGUUAUGCUCAUUUACUUCGCAAACCCUCACAGUACAUUGCUGUUUUUUUGGUGCCCAAAGUUGUACUAGUCAGUCAACAAGCUGAUGCUUUGAAGAAGCACACUGACUUGAAAGUCGGAACAUAUUGGGGAGAUAUGGGAGUAGAUUUUUGGAACGCUGACAAGUGGAAAGAAGAAGUUGAAAAGUAUGAGGUGCUUGUCAUGACACAUCAGAUAUUGCUCAAUAAUUUGAGGCACAGUUUUUUCAAGCUGAGCAUGAUACCAGUCAUAGUAUUUGAUGAAUGCCAUCAUGCCAGGGGCUCUCAUCCAUAUGCGUGCAUAAUGCAGGAAUUUUAUCAUCCUCUGUUAAAUUCUGGUGAAACCAAUCUGCCAAGAAUAUUUGGAAUGACUGCUUCUCCUAUAAACUCAAAAGUGGGAGACUCAGCAAUCGACCAUUGGAAUCGUAUCAAUGAGCUGGAGACAGUUAUGAAUUCCAAGAUGUAUACUUGUGCCAGUGACUCUGUUCUUUCGAAGUUUAUACCUUUCUCGACUCCAAAAUUCAAAUUCUACCAGCACAAGGAAAAUCACUUUCCGAAUAUUGAAGAUAUUUUAAAGAUUUUAAUUGAAGAGCAUGAAUUGACUCUGAAAAAUUUAGAUCUUGAUGAAGCUUCAACAGACUCCAUACGCAGAAAGCUAUCUAAGGUUCAUUCUGCUUUGCGAUUUUGUCUGAAUGAGCUCGGUAUUUGGCUUGCUGUGAAGGCAGCAUUGUCCUUUUCUUGCAAUGAAAUUGAAUUAUUCUCAUCAGCGAGAUUGGAUCUGUUCGGCGAGAAAGUUGUGAAGAAUUUUUGUGUGGAUGCCUUCGAGGAAAUUUCAAGUUUCCUACCAGCUAGACCAAAUUGGUCACUAGCAGAUGAUUUCAAGAGAAAUAUGGAUCACGGAAUUUUGACCUCGAAAGUUGUUGGUCUUGUUGAAUUGCUUCUGGAGUACAGGGACUUGGGGGACAUUAGAUGCAUAGUUUUUGUAGAAAGGGUCAUCACAGCUGUUGUCAUUCAACGUUUGUUGAAUGAAUUGCUUCCAAAAGAGACUAACUGGAAGACAAAAUAUAUUGCUGGUAGCAGCAAUAAUCUAGAGUCUCAGACCAGGACAAAACAAAACAGUAUUGUUGAAGAAUUUCGUCAAGGCAAAGUGAACAUAAUUGUUGCAACAUCAAUUCUAGAAGAAGGUUUAGACGUUCAAAGCUGCAAUUUAGUUGUUCGGUUUGACCCUUGUUCCACUGUUUGUAGUUUUAUACAGUCCAGAGGUCGUGCUAGGAAGCAGAACUCUGAUUACGUGUUAAUGCUGCAGAGCGGAGAUCAUGAUACAAAAUGUCGUUUUGAAAAAUAUCUUGCCAGUGGAGAAAUAAUGAGAAAGGAGUCCUUGCAACAUGCUCAUGAUCCUUGUGUACCUCUUAAAAUGAAUUUUCAAGAAGGGGAAUUUUAUCGUGUUGAAAGCACCGGUGCCAUUGUGACUCUUAGUUCCAGCAUCGGUUUGAUAUACUUUUAUUGCUCAAGACUCCCUUCUGAUGGGUAUUUUAAACCUAACCCAAGGUGGGAUACAGAAACUCGAACUCUCUUUCUUCCUAAGAGCUGUCCAUUAGGAUUUGUCACUGUAGAAGGGAAUUCCAAACUGCUUAAACAGAUUGCAUGUCUUGAAGCAUGCAAACAACUUCAUCAUAUUGGUGCAUUAACUAAUACACUUGUACCGGAUAUUGUUGUGGAAGAAGAUGACGCACAAGUGCUUGCAAAUCAACCAUAUGAAGAAAUACAACCUAGUUAUGUGCCUCCCGAAAUGACUGCAUCAAUUUGUUCAAUUGCCAGUUAUCAUUGUUAUAUUAUUGAGCUUCACCAACACUUUGAAUAUGAAGUGUCUGCUGGUGAUGUCGUGCUAUGUAUGAGAAGCAAGCUUGAAAAUGAUAUUGGAAACAUGCAUUUUGACUUGCAAGUGGGGAAUAAGGGUAUUCUGACAGUUGACUUGAAAUAUGUUGGACAAAUUGAGCUUAACUCAGAACAAGUCAUGUUAUGCAAAAGGUUCCAAGUUGUUCUUCUUAAAAUUCUUCUGGAUCAUAAGCUCAAUAACUUGAGUGAAAUUCUUGAUCUAGUUCAUUUGUCAGACACUCCUGUCAUUGAUUAUCUUCUUCUUCCAGCCACUAGUCCAAAUCAAAGAUCUUCAGUCAUUGAUUGGGACUCUGUCACAUCAGUAUUAUUUUCGAGUGAUAAGUUUUGUAAGAAUCACAGAAAGUGUAAUUCACGAAAGAUUUCUUCUUGUGGCAUGUAUACCAAAAGUGGUUUGGUUUGCACUUGUAUGAUCAAGAAUUCACUUGUCUAUACCCCUCAUAAUGGUCAUGUGUACUACAUCACUGACAUUUUGAAUGAGAUGAAUGGACAUUCAGUUUUGAAGCUCAGGGAUAAUAAAAGUACUACAUACAAGAAUUACUUUGAAGUUAGGCAUGAAAUUAAUUUGCAGUUUGUCAACCAACCAUUGCUUAAUGGAAGGAAACUUUUUCACGCGAAAAACUUUCUCCUGUCCCGAGAAGUAAAGAAAAAAGAGACAAGUAAUACAACUAGUAAGACUGUUGAGCUGCCACCAGAGCUUUGUGUUCUUAUCAUGUCACCCAUUUCUCUUUCUGUAUUAUAUACCUUUUCAUUUAUACCUUCAAUUAUGCAUCGUCUUGAGUCUUUACUUAUUGCGGCCAACUUGAAAAGGAUGCAUUUGGAUCAUUGCACGCAAAAUUUAUCCAUUCCGACAACUAAGGUGUUGGAAGCUAUUACAUCAAAGAAAUGCCUAGAGAAAUUUCAUUUAGAAUCUCUAGAAAUUCUUGGAGAUUCAUUUCUCAAAUAUGCUGUUGGUCAACAGCUUUUUAGUUCCUAUCGAAAUAACCAUGAGGGCCUUCUAAGUAUUAAGAAGGACAACAUAGUUUCUAAUGCCGCCCUUUGCAGGCUUGGUUGUGAGCGCAAACUACCGGGCUUUAUUCGUGAUGAGUGUUUUGCUGUUAAUAACUGGAUUAUACCUGGAACUAAUACUGAAACAUUACAAGAGGAUACACUAUUUAAUGGCAAAAAAAUUUAUAUUGGCGGAAGAAGAAAGAUGAAAAGUAAAAGAGUUGCAGAUGUUGUUGAGGCACUAAUUGGUGCAUUCCUUAGUACAGGCGGGGAAAUUUCCGCAUUGCAAUUUAUGAAUUGGCUUGGUAUAAAGGUUGACAUAGUCUUUAAACCAUUUGUGAGAGAUGUAUUUGUGCAUUCGGAGAAACUUGUUAAUAUCAGAUAUUUAGAGUCAUUACUGAACUACACUUUUCGUGAUCCUUCUUUAUUGGUUGAAGCGCUAACCCAUGGUUCUUACAUGCUUCCUGCAAUUCCAAGAUGUUAUCAGAGGCUGGAAUUUCUCGGGGAUGCUGUUUUAGAUUAUCUCAUCACAGUGUAUUUGUACAACAAAUAUCCUGGGAUUUCACCAGGAUUCUUGACUGACAUGAGAUCGGCUUCUGUGAACAACGAUUGCUAUGCACGGUCUGCCAUUAAGGCCGAAUUACACAAGCACAUUCUUCAUUCCUCUCAUAAACUGCACAAGGACAUAUCUGCUACUAUAGAAAAUUUUCACAAGCUGUCUUCAGAAUCAACAUUUGGGUGGGAUUCAGAGACAUCUUUCCCCAAGGUACUUGGAGAUGUUAUAGAAUCUCUAGCUGGGGCAGUAUAUGUCGAUUCUGAAUUCAACAAGGAAGCUGUUUUUCAGAGCAUAAGGCCUCUAUUGGAGCCUCUGAUAACACCUGAGACUGUAAAGAUCCAUCCAGCAAAAGAAUUGAGCGAACUUUGCCAGCAAAUGCAUUUUGAGAUGAAAAAACCACUCAAAGUGCGGGAAAAUGGUAUAACUUCAGUCACAAUCGAGGUUGUAGCUAAUGGAGUUGCAUACAAACAUUCUUCAUUUGUUCCAGACAAGAGGAUUGCAAAGAAAGUUGCUUGCAAAGAGGUUCUCAAGUGCCUAAAAGAAGACCUCAAGUUGACAUGACAAGUUUGAAGCUUAAGCUAGCGUAAUUUGUUUUUGGCGAUCUUUGUCAAGUGUUAGUGUUGCUAUUUAUGCUGUGGAGGUAAGGUAACAAAGUUUCAAGCUUUUGUAUAUGCCGUAUUUAUAAUGUAAUUCAAGUCAUUUUGUUUAUAUAACUUGAGCGACAUGCCGAUUUUCAAAGGAGUAACUGCAUGUUGUUUAGUUGGCUUGAAUUAAUUAAUACAGAAAAAUUCUUGCUCGCC